AUGGCUGGAAGGAAUGACGCUGCAAUGGCUGCCGCAAUGCAAGCGAUGGCACAAGCUGUGCAGAACUUGCCAAAUGCUGGUGGAGAUGCUGGAUCACGUAGCUUGGCGACUUUUCAAAGAGAGAAUCCGCCGGUGUUUAAGGGGAAGCAUGAUCCAGAUGCAGCCUUGGGAUGGUUGAAAGAGAUCGAGAGAAUCUUCCGUGUUAUGGAUUGCACUCCAGCUCAGAAGGUUCGGUAUGGUACUCACAUGCUAGCAGUCGAAGUUGAUGACUGGUGGCUAGAGACUCACGAGAGGUUGACCGUGGCAGGUGAAGUCAUUACUUGGGAUGUAUUCCAUAGGGAAUUCAUGAGAAAGUAUUAUCCGGAAGAUGUCCGUGGUAAGAAAGAAAUUGAGUUCCUUGAGCUGAAGCAAGGAAACAUGUCUGUCACUGAUUAUGCUGCAAAAUUUGUGGAGCUGUCCAAAUUUUAUCCUCAUUACACUGGUGCUGGUGCUGAAUUUUCAAAGUGCAUCAAGUUUGAAAACGGACUGCGCUCUGAAAUUAAGAAGGCUGUUGGGUAUCAGAAGAUACGCAUUUUUACUGAAUUGGUUGAUAGCUGCAGGAUAUUUGAAGAAGACAAUAAUGCUCAUUACAAGAUUGUCAGUGACCGCAGGGGCAAGCAACAUCAAAACCGUGGCAAGCCGUAUGAUGCUCCAGUGGGAAAAGGGAAACAAGGAGCUGCUCCGGCUCAGAGGACUAGUAGGGGAGGUGCUCCUGCUGGUAUAGUUUGCUUCAAAUGUGGUCAGGCUGGUCAUAAGAGUAAUGUAUGCACUGCUGAAGUAAAGAGGUGUUUUCGAUGUGGUAAGACUGGCCAUGCAAUAGCUGAUUGCAAGCACAAGGAAAUGAUUUGUUUUAAUUGUGGCGAAGAAGGGCAUAUUGGAAGUCAGUGUCAGAAGCCAAAGAAAUCUCAAACUGGAAAGGUGUUCGCAUUGACCGGAACUCAAACCUCUAGUGAGGACAGACUUAUCCGAGGUACAUGUUUCAUAAAUGGUACUCCUUUAAUUACUAUUAUUGAUACCGGUGCCACACACUGUUUUAUUUCUGCUAAUUGUGCUCGAAGAUUGGGUUUAAAAUUGUCCGCUUUGGAUGGUGAAUUGAUUGUUGAGACCCCAGCUAAGGGAUCAAUAACUACUUCUUUGGUAUGUUUAAAAUGUCCUUUGUCGAUCUUCGAUAAAGAUUUCUAUGUUGAUUUAGUAUGUUUGCCGUUGGAUGGGAUGGAUGUAAUUCUUGGUAUGAACUGGUUAGAGUAUAAUUAUGUUCAUAUAAAUUGUCAUCAUAAGUCGGUGAGGUUUUCCACUCCUGAAGAGGAAGGAGUUGACUUAUUACCUUUCAGAGAAUUGCGAAAAUUGAUGAAAGAGGGAGCUCAGAUGUUUUCUUUGAUGGCGACGUUGUCGGUUGAGAGUAAAGCUAAGAUUGAGGAACUGUUAGUGGUGAAAGAAUUCCCUGAAGUUUUUCCUGAUGAAAUUCCUAGUGUGCCGCCAGAGAGGGAAGUUAAAUUUACUAUUGAUCUGGUACCUGGUACUAGGCCUGUUUCGAUGGCACCGUAUAGAAUGUCGGCAUCUGAAUUGUAUGAAUUAAAGAAGCAAUUGGAAGACUUA